AGACACCUAAAAUAUAGUGUGACCGAACAUGUGCUUAUGAGAGCGAAUUCUUCUCAAACUCGAGUCUGUUGUCUCGCAGCGCUCGAGUGUGACGCUGGGCGUGUCUGUGCCAUCGGGAUCAUCACAGAUCUUCUUGCUGCUUUUCACAGAUGACAGCAGCCGAGGUCACGAGCGCUUCCUCCGUGUCCCACAAUCCUUCACUACAGAGCAGUUGAAUGAAAUCACACACUGUGGCGUGCAGUGCUGGUCUGGAUCAGUGAUCUUCUCUUGGGUUUAGCUCUCCUGCAGCUUUGUGUGCAACCCGUGUCCAUCAAUGAUGUGCCUGUGUUUUCUGUCCUUCAGUCUGACGGAGACACUCGGAGCUCAUGGAGACUGAACGGGAUGAGGAUGUGCCGGAAGAGAGCAAGCGGGAGCCUGCCCUCUACAGUCCGGUGUCUCCGCAGGACCAGCCCGUCUCCACGUACUUCGAUGAGAGGGUUCCCAUCCCUGAUAAUGACAGUGCAAAGAUGUUUAGCUUUCGUAAACUUUGGGCCUUCACUGGACCGGGUUUUCUGAUGAGCAUUGCGUAUCUGGACCCUGGGAACAUCGAGUCGGACCUUCAGUGUGGGGCUAUAGCAGGUUUUAAGCUGCUCUGGGUGCUGCUGGCCGCCACCAUCAUCGGGCUCCUGCUGCAGCGUCUGGCCGCGCGCCUCGGCGUCGUCACAGGGAUGCACCUGGCCGAGGUCUGCAACCGCCAUUACCCCAUGGUGCCGCGGAUCAUCCUGUGGCUGAUGGUGGAGCUGGCCAUCAUCGGCUCUGACAUGCAGGAGGUCAUCGGCUCCGCCAUCGCCCUCAAUCUGCUGUCGGUCGGCAGGAUUCCUCUGUGGGGUGGAGUGCUGAUAACCAUCAUCGACACUUUUGUGUUCCUGUUUUUGGACAAGUACGGUCUGAGGAAGCUGGAGGCGUUCUUCGGGGUCCUCAUCACCAUCAUGGCUCUGAGCUUUGGUUUCGAGUAUGUGCGUGUGGCUCCGGACCAGGGCGAGGUUCUGAAGGGCAUGUUUCUGCCGUACUGCAGCGGCUGUGGACGAGAGCAGCUGGAGCAGGCCGUCGGGAUUGUGGGAGCCGUUAUAAUGCCUCAUAACAUCUAUCUGCAUUCUGCUCUCGUUAAGUCACGAGACAUUGACAGAGGCAACAAGAGAGAGGUGAAGGAGGCCAACAAGUACUACUUCAUCGAGUCCUCCAUCGCGCUCUUCGUCUCCUUCCUCAUCAAUGUUUUUGUGGUGGCCGUCUUCGCCGAGGCCUUCUAUGGCAAGACAAACAUGGAAGUGGGCCAGAAGUGUAAUCAGAGCGGAAGUCCUUACAGUGAUCUCUUCCCAGCCAACAACGAAACACUUGAAGUCGACAUCUACAAAGGGGGUGUGGUUUUGGGCUGUUUUUUUGGCCCCGCUGCGCUGUAUAUUUGGGCGAUUGGGAUCCUCGCGGCUGGACAGAGUUCAACCAUGACUGGAACCUACUCUGGUCAGUUUGUGAUGGAGGGUUUCCUGAACCUGCGCUGGUCUCGCUUCGCUCGCGUGUUGCUGACGCGCUCCAUCGCCAUAUUACCCACUCUUCUGGUGGCCGUCUUUCGGGACGUGCAGCAUCUCACCGGCAUGAACGACUUCCUGAACGUGCUGCAGAGCAUACUGCUGCCGUUCGCUCUGAUCCCCAUCCUGACCUUCACCAGUUUGACGUCACUAAUGAACGAUUUUGCCAACGGACUCGCGUGGAAGAUCAGUGGCGGUGUGCUCAUCGUGGCGGUGUGUGCCAUCAACAUAUACUUUGUGGUGGUGUACGUGAUGGUUUUCAACAACAUAUAUCUCUACGUCUUCUCUGUCUUAAUCUCCAUCGCCUACCUGUGCUUCAUCGUCUAUCUGGUCUGGCGCUGUCUGAUCGCUCUCGGCAUCCAUUGUCUGGAUUGCAGAGGCUCGGUUCAGUUCCCGCCAGCCGCUCUCGUCAAUGAACAGCCAGAGUUCGAUUCCUGAUGUAACGUCUGGACUGACUCAUGAUGAUUGUUUCCUGUCUAAUCUUCAGGAAAACUUUUAACCUUUUGGACGUCUUCCAAUCCUAUCAUAUUUGGUAUUAAAAUGAUCCUCUCUUUUUGCCUUAAUGAGUAAUGUAAAGCUUAUGAUAAAAUGCAUUGUAUUAUUUUUACCAUCCUUUGGGGUAAAAACUGUACCAGUCUGACACCACAACAAAACAUUCAGCAUUAAACUUCAAGGUGGUGUAUUUUGGACUUGAAUUUGUCAGCAUGUACAGUGUGAUUAAUGUAUAUCAGGUUUAUCAGGAUACAAAUGCAUAUGGAUCAUGUCUUGCAAACAUGAAUACAUCACAGCCAUUCUUCAAUUUUAAUUGUUUUUCAUGUUUCAAAGCAUGGAAUGUGUUUAAAACAGAAAAUACCUCACAACAUAUUGUGUGCAAACAGACAAGAUUGUGCAGUAAUUGUACAGCAAUUUUUGGCUUUUUGGAUUUUUGGCUUUUAGUAUGAAUAUGUUAGCCUUAAGGUUAUCUAAAACAAUGCACUGCAAAAUAAUGACAAAAUUUGCAUUAAGAAGAUAUAAGCAUUCAAAAGUCACCUUUAUUUAUAUAGCGAUUUUUACAAUGCAGAUACAGUGAUAACUGGUGUGUAAUUUUGGCUGCACAGCAGCUCUUAAAGAAAACGGUGUCAUUAUCCAGCUGAAAUAAAUACAGUAUUGAUUCA